UGAGGGGCGGGAUUUCCUUCAGCGCUGGAUGAUCUGACUGCUGCAGCUUUAGGUGACACGUAACGAAAGGUGCGAUUAGGCCUCUCUAAACUUAAGAUAAUUAGUAAAAAAGACUGCUUUUCAUUAUGUAAACAUCUUCACAGAGCUUGGACUUACCACAAGGACCAAAUACAACCGGAUUCGUUACUUUUUUUAAACUAUUGAAUGUCUUUGGAAAACUUGGCAAAACGUGAGACAUUUCAGAGAUAUAUUUCGUUUGAGCAGCAGUCCAGAAAUAUAAUGUUUCACGAGGAGUCUCGGAGGGGACAGAGUUGUUUCUAUACUAAAGAGUGAAGAGAAAAUAAUUCCCAGGAACGUUUCUGUGGAAUCCAGGAGAGGAGGGAACAUGGGCAACGGCGUGUGCUCCAGGAAGCAGAAGAAGAUUUUCCAAUCUCUCUUACUGGUCACGGUGGUGUUCGGGAUGAUCUAUGGUGGGAUGGUGUCUUAUGAGAUGCACAAGCAGCUGAAGAGGACAGAAGAGAUGGCCCUGAAAUAUCAGCAGCACCAGGAGUCUCUUUCCGCACAGCUUCAAGUUGUGUACGAGCAUCGCUCCAGGUUGGAGAAAUCUCUUCAGAAGGAGCGGCUGGAGCAUAAAAAAGCCAAAGAAGAUUUUCUUGUGUAUAAAAUAGAGUCUCAGCAGUCUCUCAACAAAGAAAAGCAAGAUGCCAGUGUCAGAUUUAAUUCUCUGCAUUCCCAGCAUCAGAUUUUGAAGAACCAGCAUGACGACCUAAAAAAGCAAUAUUAUGAACUACAAGAGCGACAUCAGCUACAAGGAGAUGAACACAACAAGGCAUUAGAUGAACAUAAACAGAGAAUUGACCAGCUUCAUCAGACCAAAGAGUCUGAGAUUUCUAAGCUCAAAGAGAAUGUAUAUAACCUACGUGAGGAGAACAAGCAGUUGAGAAAAGCUCAUCAGGACGUCUAUGUGCAACUUCAGGAUACCAGGCAACAGCACAAGAACCUAAAAUCCUCCCACGACCAGCUUGUGUUGACCCUGGAGGACCACAAGAGUGCGCUAGCUGCUGCCCAGGUUCAGGUGGAUGAAUAUAAACAGCUGAAGGAAACGCUCAGUAAGAUGCCCAGUCUGAGACAUGCUGCAGGGCAGCUCCAGCAACAUGAGGCUGCUAAGCCCAUCCAGAACGGGAACGCAGAGGAAAACAAUCAACCCCAUGAUGCUCAGCCAGAGAAGGAGAAACAUGACGAGGUCGAGAAGCCUCAAUCGCACCACAGGGACGAGGUUGGGGAAAUGGGAGGAGCCGAGGAGAGGAGGAGAGAGCUGGCAGAGGAGGAGAUGGAGCAGGCGGGGCAGCCUCAGAAACUAGAGGAGGAGUUUGAUGGGCCGCAUAACGAAGUGGAGGAGGAGGAGGAGCCACAGGCCAACCAACCAGAUGAAAACGCACUAGAAAGGGAGCAACGUGACGCCCAGGAGGUGGCACUAGCUGAGGCGCAUGUGGAGCACGCACAAGUGGAGCGGGUGAAGUCUGCAUAUGAACAGCAGCAGGAGCAGCAGCGUCUGGCUGCGCAGCUGGCGGAGGAGCGCAGACAGUUGCACCUGCGUCAGGAAGCCCUGCAGAAACAGCAGCUGCAGCAGCAGAAGGAGAGAGAGCAGAGAUUACAACUGCAGAGAGAGAGAGAGGAACAGCAGAACAGAGAAGCCGAUCUCAAAGAGCAACAACUCCAGCAAGAGAUGCUCCGGAAAAAGGCACAGUAUGAAAACAUGGAUGCUGAUAUAGUCCAGGGAGAAGAUGACCCACAGAUAAAUGAGGAGAAAGAGGAGAACGUGCACCAUGAGGAGCCGGGGCAAGGUGAAGAGGACCAUGCUAACCAUGAGGAUGAGCGACCUGUAGAAGCGGAUGUUGAUCCAGAGGACGACCCCAACAAUCAGGGCGAGGAUGAGUUUGAGGAGGCUGAGCAGCAGCAGCAGCCCCGAGGAGAAGAAGAGGAGGAGGAAGAGCCGGCACCCGUAGGCCACCCUGACAUGCACCUGGCCGAAGAGAAUCAACACCAGCCGCCCGCUGAAGAACAACUGGUGAUGGCUGGAAACCCAGACCAACAGGAAGAUGCUCUGGAUGAGCAGUACCAGGAAGAUGGCGAUGAUGAGGCUCAAGAUGAGCUGGUAGAAAAUCAGAAGCAUGAGGCGGUACGAGAGGAAGAAGGAGACCCAUAUAAUGAGGAGAAUGGAGAACAGGAAGAGGCUAGAGGUCAGGUUGUGAAGGAGGAUAAUCAACCCGCCCAACUUCACAAUGAAGAGAACUACGAAGAAGAAGAGGAGGAAGAAGAAGAUAACGGGGACAAACCGCCCAUUCGCAGGGCAGAAAUGUGAGGCGAUUAAAGGACAGACAAUCGCUGCCACGUUUGGAUUGGGUUUCCCCACCCCGCCCUCUUAAACAUUACGCCUGGAGACGGUUCUGUUGGGUCGUUCUGAUGAAUAGGAAACCGGUUUUUCUUCCGGUCUGUGUAACUCUGAAACCGAGAUGCACCAAAACGCCCAAAGACUUACAGACCAAACACCUGCUGUCUGCCUUUACUGUACGUCUGUCUGUUGUUUCUUCUUUUAAGGAGCAGUGAAUAAGUUCAGUUUAAAUCUCUUGCACUGAAAGAUUUGCCAUUUUUUUAUUCAGUUGUGGCUCCACAUACAAGAUAUAUUCCAUCUUUGAAGUAAAUCUUUUAACAGUUAUGACUGAUUUUGAUGGACAGGCAGCAGUCACCAAUCAGCCUUAAAUCCUCACCUGGCCCUGCCCACAUUUGUGUUGGUAAUUCAUCCAUCUUGUUGAUGAAUAAUGCAAUGCAGAAAUAUUGUAUCAUGGGUGAGUUUGGCAAGGUGCUUGGGUCAACAGACGUCACUACAUGAAUGUUUACAUGUAAUUCAAGCAGAUAAUUGUAGCUGUCGAAUGUUUGUCAUUUUUAAAUGUUGUACUGUAUGUGCUUAUUUACCAUAGUUGGAUUACUGCUGCCUCAACAUAAACCAAAUUCAUUUAGUUAAAUACUGAUUUUUAUUUGCUUCUCACCAAGUGCCUCAUCGAGAUUAUAAGGAAAACUUUCUCAAAUGUAGCCCAUCUUGCCAGGGGAAUUUGGCUCCUGAUAUCUUUGUCGAAUGUCUCUGUUAUGGUAAACUAUUUUUAUUGGGGGUUUUUUUCUCUCUCUUUUCUUUUCAAGCCGAUCUGCCAACUGCUAUUCUAGUAUAAACUAGUACUAGUGUUCUGUGUGCUACUGGACCUGGUCCUCUAAGUCUUAUUGUCACUGUUAUGACAGCAGAGAAAUGAAUGCCACAUUGAAAAUGAGAAUUAAUAAGAGACAUAAUAUUCAGAUGUAGAAUUUGAAUAUGCAAAAAGUAAACAAAAUGGUUGGAUUAGCUUACUCAAAAUGAUUUGUUCUGAAUGUAUGCUAAAUCACUACAAUAUUGAAAAAUUGUAUUUAUUUUGUUUUGUAUUUACUUUGUUUUUUAUAUUAUAUAAAAUGGAAUAAUCUUGUUUUGUCACCUUUUUAUUUUCUGGGACACAUGAUUUUUUAGAUUUAUUCAUUGAUGUAAUAUUGGUGAAACCAGCUUUCCUGUUAGGUGUUCAGCUUUAAUACUUUAUAUUUAAAAUAAAUAUCUGUAUGUUAGAUUUUUUUUUUCUCAAGUUUUCUGUUCUGAAAGUGAUUAACAGAGAAAUAUUUUUGUGCCGUUUUGUUGAUAAUGGCAUUGUGAGCGGAAUAAAAAUUGGUGAAGGA